AUAACAGAACCCGGAAAAUUUCGGAUUUUCAGAAUCAGCAAAUUUUCCUUUCGAGCUUCAUCCAGUCCCAUCCUGCACGUGCGCUUAGCUAAUGGCCCACAGCCCUCAAUCAAAAGUCAGAAAAAUAGAAGAAAACGAGUCAUUUUUAAACCAAUCGAACAUGGCAACCAGUGCAGUAUUAACUAAUGGAGAUGUAAAUGUGGUUACUAAAAAAACAAAUGGAGAUGUGCCUUGUGAUGAGAAGCCACCAAUGCCUGAUACAACAGAGAAGGUAAAUGCUGAAGAAAUGACAAGCAAAGAUUACUACUUUGAUUCGUAUGCUCAUUUUGGUAUCCAUGAAGAAAUGUUGAAAGACGAAGUGCGUACACUAACAUACAGAAAUUCAAUGUAUAACAACAAGCAUUUGUUUAAAGAUAAAGUUGUUUUGGAUGUGGGUUGUGGGACUGGAAUUUUGUGCAUGUUUGCUAAAAAAGCUGGCGCUAAACAUGUAUAUGGUAUUGAUAUGUCAUCUAUUAUUGACCAUGCAAAGGAAAUAGUUAAGAAAAAUAACCUAGAAAAAGAUAUAACACUUAUAAAAGGAAAGGUUGAAGAAGUUGAUCUUCCAGUUGAAAAAGUAGACAUUAUAAUCAGUGAGUGGAUGGGCUACUGUUUGCUCUACGAAUCCAUGCUGGAUACUGUGAUCUAUGCACGAGACAAAUGGUUAAAACCAGGUGGUCUGAUGUUUCCUGAUAAAGCUUCCAUGUUUAUCACAGCUAUUGAAGAUCGAGAAUACAAAGAAGAGAAAAUCAAUUGGUGGGAUAAUGUUUAUGGUUUUGACAUGAGUGCUAUUCGAAAUAUUGCUCUGUAUGAACCUCUUGUGGAUGUUGUAGAGGCAAAACAAGUUGUUGCUGAUUCGUGUAGAAUUAAGGAUAUAGACCUAAAUACUGUAAAAGUUGAAGAGCUCAACUUUUCUGCACCAUUUUCUAUUCGUUCAAGAAGAAAUGAUUACGUUCAUGCAUUUGUAUCCUACUUCACUGUCGAAUUCUCACCAUGUCACAAAAGAACAGGAUUUUCAACUGGUCCGGAGUGUCGAUACACGCAUUGGAAACAAACUGUAUUCUACAUGGCUGAUUCUAUAACAAUCAAGGCUGGUGAGAUGAUAAAUGGAGAGUUUACCGUCAAACAAAACAAAAGAAAUAAGCGUGAUCUUGACCUUGAAAUAAAAUACGAUUUCGAAGGAGAACUGAUGAGCUCGAGCGCUACACACGAAUAUAGAAUGCGAUAACAACAGUCAGUGGAAUCAUUAAACCUUCAGAGAAGACGUCAUGCUCUCUCAUAUUUUUUGUUUGGCACCUUUUGUAUCAGUCUCAUAGGUACCCAAAA